AUGAUGUACACGCUGGCGGCGCUGUCAUUGGCUGCGGCCGUGCGACCGAUCCGGCAGUCGUACGACUAUAUGCAACUGAUCCCGAAAGUAACUACAGUGCUGCUUGAGUUCUUCAUCAAACGAGAAAGCAAGGUUUCCCUGUUCCGCGACCCCCUGUCACACUUCUGCCAGGAGCAGGUGGUUCUGGCGGCCCAAGACUGCUUGCAAAAGCUGAACCGGCAGGUCAUAACCUUCCAGGACAUCCGCGACAUGAUCGAGAACCUCAUCGGGCUUCACAGCUUGUGCAUGAAACGGGCUCCGGAGACAGCGAAAGAACUGGGCACCACGAUACGUAAGCUGACCAUCAUCAUUGGCGAGUUGGCGACUUCUCUCGAGAAGAUCUGUGAAGUGAGUGUCACCGACUGGAUGGCGAUUGGCGACAGCGUGGUCAGCAAAACGGAAAAGCUUAAUCUGGAGAACAUUCCGCCUUACACGACCUUCAUACCGAAGAUGAAGGAAUUUAAGCCACUCAAGCUUCUUGGUGCUGGUGGAUUUGGGGCGGUGUACAAAGCGGUGUACGCGCCUGCCAACUAUAUUUGCACCGUGAAGUUGGUGGCCAUGGACCGGUUCACACGCCACAAGCAGGCCUGCAUAGACAAGGUGGUCGCGUCCGUCAUACGCAGCCCGUUCCUGGUGAAGUACUACUGCUGCUUCUGCGCCAAGGCAAGCACACCCCGCAUUUCACGAGCACAAGCGCACUAG